AUGUAAUCCAAUGAUUCAAAUAAAAGAAGACUACUUUUGCGUUCUCUUGCAAGUGAAGAACCAUAGAAAAUGUAAAAUAUGUAAUAGAAAUCCUUUCUAUUUUCAGAUCAGCCAAUGGAUCUUUAGUCCUUAGUCAGUUUCGUCUUAAUUCUAAAGGUCUUACUUUCACCAAAAGUAUAUUAUGUCUUGAUAUUAAAAUAGACAUUACUUAUAUGGAAUCAUAACACUUUAAGGAUCUCAAAUUAGAAGAUUUUGAAAUUGUCUGUAAAUUAGGCUAAGGAAAUUAUGGUAGUGUUGAGAAAGUACUUCACAAACCUACUCAAGAUUAUUAUGCUUUGAAAGUAUCUUCAUCAUCAUAUCUUAUUAACAUAGAAAAUACAUUAUGUUAGUAAUGAUGUAUAAGAGUCAUUAUUAAAGAAAGAAUUAAAGGCACUUAUUGAUUGCAAUUCAUAAUAUGUUGUAUAAUGUUAUGGAGCAUUUUAUUCAAAAGGUGAAAUCUAUAUAGUAAUGGAGUAUAUGGAUAUGGGAUCUUUGUAGAUUAUUAUAGAAAAAACUAAAAAAAUACCAGAAUCCAUAACUAUGUUGAUUAUAAAAGAAGUACUUUAAGGUUUGGAUUAUUUGCAUACAAACAAACAUAUAAUACAUAGAGAUAUUAAACCUCAUAAUAUUUUAAUUAAUAAAAAGGGAGAAGUUAAAAUUGGAGAUUUUGGAAUUUGUUCUGUUAGUGAGAAUUCAGAUUAGAAAUUUGAUACAUUUAUUGGUACUAUUUAAUAUAUGUCUCCUGAAAGAUUAAAUGGAGAAGAAUAUGGUUAUGAUUGUGAUAUUUGGAGUGUAGGAAUGAUGACUAUGUAAUGUAUUACAGGUCUCUUACCAUUUGAAUUUAAUGCAAAAUAAAUGAGUAUGAUAGAAUACAUUUAAAUGAGUAAGAAUUUUAAAAUUGAUGAUUAUUUCUAAUAACAUAAACAUACAAUUUCAGAAAACACUAUUUAAUUUAUAUCUAAAUGGUAAUUUCAUUAUUUUCAUUAUCUUUAAUAGUCUACAAUAAGAACCAAAAGAUAGAACUAAAGCUUAAGAAUUGUUAUAAACUAAAGCAAUCAAAUAUACAUAAUCUCUCAAAAUUGAUGUCUUUAAAUAAUGGUUAUAAUUGUCUAUAGAGGAAAUUUGAAUUUACUUUUUUAUAUGAUCAUUACUUAUUUAUAAUUAACAGAAAUGAAUCAACCCCAAAGAAGUCUUUCAAAUCUAGGAAUGUCUAAAUCUCGUAUUCUAAAUAUCAUCUAUAUAGAGACUAUAUACCAGAAUAGAAUAGAACAUCUAGUGCAUUUUAUAAAAGAAAUGAGCAAACUCGAUUAGAUUAAUAAAUGGCUAGAUAUGAGGAAUUUAAAAGAAAUUACAAACGAAAUGAAUUACAAUAUUCUUAUUAUUAGCAAUAACCUAGAGAUUUGAAUUAAUCUUUUGUUAAAGAACGAUACUAAAAUUCCUAUAAUUAUCAACCCAAUUAUAAUAAUAAGCAUUUAUAAACGCAGCAAUAUGAAUUUGAUAGAGAAGCUUACAAAAAGGAAAUUAAAUAAGAUUCACCAAUUAAAGUGGAACUAAGUUAUACUGCCCCUUGUAGUAUCUAAAGAGGUGUUAUUUCUGACACAACUGCUUAUUUGAGGGAAAGAGAGAAAAUCAUGAAUUCGUUUAUGACACAAUAAGAAAUUGAAACAAUUAAAAGAAUUUACUUAAGGAAAUGA